CAGCACCACUCCAAUGAUAGCCACCACAACAUUCGCAUGACAUGUCGAAGCCUACCGCGAGCUGGGAAAAGCUAGGCGACAAGUUUUACCGCAAGAUCCAGCUCUACACAGCCGUAUUCGACCAGGACCUCGAGCUUGAGAACUACAAUGUGGUGGGGGCCCCGUACAGCGGCGCUGUAGCUAUAUACCGCGAUGAGAACAAGAUAACGACGUACCGGGGGGGCCAGGUCAGCAAGGCCAGCAUCGACAUUUACAGCUGCGCGGGGAAACUCAUACGGCGCAUCAACUGGGACAAAGGCACGAUCAAGGGGCUUGGAUGGUCAGAGGACGAAAAGCUACUUGUUGUCACCGCGGACGGCACGGUGCGCUGCUAUUACGACCUUCAGGGCGAUUUUAUACCGUUUACCCUUGGCCACGGCGCAGACGAACACGGCGUGCAGUCCUGCAAGUUCUACGGCUCUGGCUUUGUCGCAUUACUGGGCAACAACAACCUCAUAUCCGUGUCCUCGUACACGGAGCCACGCCCAAAGCUCCUCGCGAUACCGCCAACAGAGCCCGUCAUAUCGUGGAGCAUAAUACCACCAGCGUACUCCCUGUCGCGUUCUGUGGAAGUAAUUCUUGCCAUUGGCGAGACACUUUAUGUGGUGGACGCGACUGAAGCCGAGAACCGCAACUUCGAUGCUGGACCAUUCAGGCAUAUAAGCGUCAGCCCGCGCGGCGAGUUUCUCGCAUUCUACACUGACGAUGGGAAGGUGUGGGUGGUUAGUGGCGACUGGAGCGACAAGCUGAGCGAAUACGACAGCAAAGUCAAGACUAUGCCAAAAGACAUGGAAUGGUGCGGAAGCAACGCCGUUGCACUAGCCUGGGAAGACGAAGUCCAUCUCAUUGGUCCUGCCGGCGCUGUCACAAAGUUCUACUACGACGCUUGGAUACAUCUCCUGCCAGACGUCGACGGUCUCCGCCUUCUCACCAAUGACGUCUGCGAGUACUUGCAGAAAGUGCCGGAUGCUUCGGUAGAAGUGUUCCGGAUAGGCUCUGAUUCUCCUGCUGCGAAUCUGCUAGAAGCAUCAUCUCUUCUUGACCAGAAGUCGCCAAAAGCAGACGACCUCAUUCAGCUCAUUCGACCUUCUCUCGCUGAAGCUGUAGACACGUGCAUCAGGGCUGCAGCGAACGAGUACAACAUACAUUGGCAAAAGCAGCUACUCCGCGCAGCCUCCUUUGGCAAGUCUGUCCUUGACUUGUAUUCCAGUGACGAUUUUGUCGAUACGUGCGACACCUUGCGCGUUCUCAACGCCGUGCGCUUCUACGAGGUGGGCCUGCCGAUAAGCUACGAGCAGUACCGUCGGCUCACGCCUGAGAAACUUGUUGAUCGCCUCACAAAUCGCAAUGAAUACUUGCUUGCCCUGCGUGUAGCAGCCUAUCUCCACCUGCCGACAAAUCAAAUCCAUGGCCACUGGGCGCAACAAAAGGUGAGAGUGAGCCAAGACUCAGAAGAGCAGAUCUGCGCACUCAUCGUGAAGAAACUGCACGGUAAGCCUGGCAUCUCUUUCGAAGAGAUCGCCCGCGCAGCAUACGAUGAAGGUCGCGUCCGCCUCGCAACCGAGCUGCUGAACUACGAGCCCAGAGCCGGAAAACAAGUCCCCCUCCUGCUCGACAUGAAAGAAGACAACAUCGCCCUUGACAAAGCUAUAGAGAGCGGCGACACCGACCUCGUCUACCAUGUCCUACUAUACCUUCGGAAAAAGCUCCCCCUCGCAUCCUUCUUCCGCGUCAUCAAUAGCCGCCCCGUCGCCUCCGCCCUCGUCGAGUCCAGCGCCUCCGACCAGGACCACGAACUCCUCAAGGACCUUUACUACCAAGACGACCGCCGCCUUGACGGCUCGAAUCUGCUCCUCGCACAGGCCCUCGCUGCACCCUCCGUUCCAUCUGCUAUCGAUAAGCUCAAAUCCGCAUCCACGUACUUGAGGGAUAGUCGUGACGCACCAGCCACCUUCCAGCGCCAGGCCCUUGAGGACGCGCAGAAACUGCUUCGUCUCCAAGAGCAGUUCGAAAAGGACCUCGGGCCCCGCGACGGCGCGGCGACGUCCCCCGGCGCCAGUGCUGCGAGCGCCUUCGUAGGGCUUUCCGCGCACGCCACCAUCUCCGCGCUCCUGCGCCAAGGCCACACCAAGCGCGCACAAAAGGUCGUCUCUGAGUUCAAGAUACCCGAGAAGACGUUCGCGUGGCUGCGGCUCCGCGCGCUCGUCGCGGAGCGGCACUGGAACGAGCUUGAAGAAAUCUCUAAGCAGAAGAAGAGUCCGAUUGGGUGGGAGCCGUACUUCAAUGAGAUACUAGGCGCUGGGAGUACGCGGGUGGCGAGCGUUUUCAUUCCGAAGUGUACGGGAUUGAGUGUGGCGGAGCGCGUCGAGAUGUGGAUGAAGUGCGGGCUUGUGGUAAGGGCCGGGGAGGAGGCGAGUAAGGCGAAGGAUCGGGGGUUGUUGGAGGAGGUGAGUGCGCGGGCGAGCGGGAGUGCGAAGGUCGAGGUUGAGAGAAUGUUGGGGAUGAUGGGGAAGCGGUAGGGAGAUGCAUAGAUGUAUAAUGGAUGGAUCGAUGGAUGGGAGUCCUGAAGGGUUCC